AUGGGCCUUCGUGACAUCCUCAAGAAGAAGGACCGGAUUGAAGAUGGAGAGCAGGAUCCCGACACCGUCAGCCGCCUCGCCGCCCCCGAGUUCACCUUCAUCCGCUCCGACACAUACACCCAAGAGGUCAUCCAUCCCCCGAGCGAUCCCGCGAGUCUGAACGGCGACGAUGACAACUACCUGACCGCCAAGGACAACAACUCGUCGCGCGCCAGGAAGAGCCUUGACGUCUUCAAGUCGCGCUCGCGGGGCUCGUCCGUUUCGAGUAAAACGAGCACGACUGAGAAGAGGGAAUCCACACACAGACGCCUCUCGCAGAGGCUACAUCUAAGUCGAGCGCCGGCGAGCUCGGAGAAUGUACCGCAGGACUUGCCCGAGAUCGUUGCGCCUGUCGAAGGACAGGAAGAGGACAAGGAAGGCACCGAGUUACAAUGGGAAAAGAGAGCUACAAUGUUGGCCCAGACGGCCGGAGAGAAAGAGGCACUACAUCGAAGCCGACCAAGCUCGCCUAUCAAUUCAGUAUCCGUGGACUUCGCCCAGAUGCAGGUAGCAGACAGGAGCACAAGGGGAGCUUCACCCCAGAACGGAGUAGUGUCCUCCCAGGCCAUAGAUGCUGAUAUCCAGGAAGCUAUUCGGCUGCAUGAGGCAGGGGAGCUGGAGCAUUCAACGCGCAUCUUUGGCAGGUUGGCCGAUCCAAAUGGCGCAAACAAUCCCCUGAGUCAAGUGCUCUACGGGCUUGCAUUGAGGUAA